AAGGUCUGGCAACGCGACGCAACAGCUGUUUUCAGCCGCAUUUCGAUUUUGUAACAGUUUGGAAAAUUCUUUUUGUGUGAUUUCUUAAUUAAAUCUGGCAAAAUGCAAAGUCUGACGCGUUUGCUGAACACGACCUUAUCCCUGCAAAUGCCGCCAAGGAUGGCGGUAGCAGGGGUCAACCUUCAGCAGCUGCGCGGCAAAACCAAAGUGGUCGAGAAACCAACACCCGGUGCUGGCCAGCAAUUCCGGCGGAUUGUGCACUUCCCGGAGGAGUACACGGUGGAGCCACUGAAGAUCACCCAUUUGGCGGGCAGAGAUCCCGUCUCCGGUCGACUGGUGGCCAAGGGCAUCGGCGGAGGCAUAAAGCAGCAGUAUCGCUGGGUCAAAUGGUUGCGAGAUGGUCCCACGGAGGGAGCCCAGGAGGAGCUGGUGCUCGAGGUGCUCCGUGAUGGCUGCCGCACUGCGAAAGUCGCCCUCGUGGCCGUCGGCGAUGAACUCAAGUACAUCCUGGCCACCGAGAACAUGAAGGCAGGCGAUAUCCUCAAGACCUCUCGACUGAUCCCUAGGAUUCCGGUGCGUCCAAACGAAGGUGAUGCCUAUCCGCUGGGCGCCUUGCCCGUGGGCACCCGUAUCCACUGUCUGGAGAAGAAUCCCGGCCAGAUGUGCCAUUUGAUCCACGCCGCCGGCACCUUUGGCACCAUCCUGCGCAAAUUCGACGACAAGGUGGUGGUGCAGCUGCCCUCCAAGCGGGAGUUUGCCUUCCAGCGCACAUGCAUGGCCACUGUGGGUCGUCUCUCCAACCCGGAGCACAACAAGGAGCACGUGGGCAGUGCCCAGCGGAUGCGGGAGAUGGGCAAUCGUCCGCGUUCCGGUCUGUGGAAGCGCAAGGAGGGCAAGCACGGCCGUAAGAUACGCCGCCUGCCGCCCAUGACCACGAUAUCGCCACCGGCGCCACCCAAACAGGAGGCCAUCAAGUUGACGCUGCCCCUUUAAGGAUCUUGCUUUAAUUUCUAUGUGUCACACAAUAUACAACUAGAACUAGAA